CUUUUUCAAGUUUCGUAAAACACUUUCACGUCCUGAUACUAAUAUCCAUACUAAUCAAUACUAUGGCCGUGCAAAAAGACGCUAGCUUGGACAAGCCCAUCGAUGUCUCUAAGAAGGCCGUCAUUGCCUCUUCCGUGUUGACCCCAGACUUGGCUUCUGCCGUUUUGAACUUGAACAUUGACCGUUUCAACCAGAUCAAAUCCAAGGCCAACCGGUACCUUUUUUGGCAGCUCAAGGUUUGGGUAGCAGCCGUUACCGUCACGUUGGCUCUCGUCUCCGUCGCUGGUGUGGGGCAGAAUUACCUCGACAACAUCCGCUAUAGUGACGCCUCGUACAUCUUCCAAGUGGAGUUUUUUACCAUUUUCUUCACCUUUUGCUUCGUUAUUUCUGGUUGUUUUGUGGCACUUUCAUUCCUGUCUUUCUCGCUUGGCGAGCAUGCCACCAGCUUGGAAAAGAACCAUAAACACGUCUUUGGUACGGAUUUAGAGAAGUUUGCCCAGUUACCUCUUAACACUAAGGACAGAGAUACCCUCAAACAGAUUGCCAAGGGCCAGGAUACCUUUGUCAUCAGUUAUAGGGACACCCCAAUUGCUACCAUUUCCUUGCAGCCGGUGCAGAGAGGCGAUACCCUCAAGCUUAGGGCUGGGGCCUACGUAGUUAAGGUGACCGGCUUGGGGGUCCGCAAGAUUUACAUUCCAAGUGGAAUGUACAGCGAUUUGCUAGAAUGGGCUAUUUUGCACGCCAGAAAGAUGUAUGAGGCCAAUGGAAAGAAGGACACCGCUGCUUUCCUCAUCGUCGACAACGUCUACAACUUCGACACCGCGUUGCGAGAUGAGUUGACAUCGCUCAAUUUCGCCCCAGUGGCUGAAAUGGCGUCAUACUUAAACGGUACUUUCAAGUUCUGCGGCAUUGUCAAUGAAACCUGGGCCAUUGAGGUGGCAAACAAGGAAGGCGUCGAGAGCGCUGAGGGAUUUGAUAGUCAAACCCUUUCCAGAAGGAUUCUUGAGACGUCGGAAGGGGUCAGAAGAAGAGCCCAGAAAUAGGGACAACAGUGCUAAUACCGUGUAAUAUACUUGUUUUUCAAUAAAAGUACGGAUGA